AUGGAAAAAGGAAACAUCCUCUCACCGGGCUCGCACCCAUCGGCAUGCGAUAUCCUGCAACCUUUAUCCCGUACAAGCCUCCUGCCAAGCAGUGGAGCCCUCGCUGCACGGGCCCGAGAGCAGCAAAGUGGAAGUGCUGCAUCUUCGAUGGCUUCCUCGCCUGACUGCGAGGUGCAAACACGCGUUGAAUCAACUCAGCAAAUGUGCGACGAGGAUGCCGGGGGUGUGCGCACUUGGAAACGUCUUGUCGUUGAGUAUCGAUAG